AUGGGCACAAGGUUAUAUGAAGCCACCGCACCACGCGGUUCUCUCUCGAGUCUUCCGCAGCAGCGCGACAUCAGUGAUAUGCGUCAAUCUAUUGAGCGCAUCGAAGAGCUGCUGCACCGUGGUGAGGAAUUGUUAUACGGCGAGGACAACGCUGAGGCGGAUUCUUCGGUGGCCCUUCCUUCACCUGCGGCUCUGGCCCCUUUUCCUGCGGCUGCUGCUGGGGGUGCUGGUGCCGAUACCUCCACUCCCAAAGACGUCGCGAAUGGGGACGUAGUGUUAAAGAGGCCAAAGGGUCAAAAAGCCACACCGCGGCAGAAUGCAAAGAUGCCAGAACCACUCCCGCCAGCUGCCGGAGCAGGAGGAAGGCCCUACGGCGACCACCGCCGCCGCGCAGAAACACACGCAACCCAGCGAAGACAAAUGCCAGAUGGCACACCAAAGGCUGGGGCUGGAGCGGCACCCCACCACCACUCCAGUGUGACAACGCUUCGUCACAGCCACAGCGGUGCCCCAAGGAAACUGAAGAAGGGCGUCACAUCCAACGAGGAUUCGGAUGAGAUGGAAGAUGUCUCCAUCGCUGAGCUGCGACUACGCAUUCAACAUGAAUUGGAGGAGUACCGCCGCAACGGUUCUGCGAUGCAGCUGAAACCGCGCCAAUCUCAUGGGACCACGCAGGGGUUGGGCCGCGCCCCUUCCCAUGAACUGGGGGGCACCACCACCAUCGCCGCUGUGUCCGUGAAGAAGGCGGCAAGGGUACUCCCACAGCGUGACACACGCACUCACACGGCCAGUCGUGUAGCGCACCCUUUGCGCGAAAAUAGAAAUAAGAAUAUAAACAAGAAUGUAGAGAACCGUAGAAACAAUAACAAAAGCAACACGAAGAAAAAGCCCACUCCAGUGCCCGCUCCCGUCGCCAGAUCGACUGCUGUUGCAUUUGUCCCUUUCAGAAGCAAGGACAAAACAAUCCAUGGCGAGGGGCAGCAUGUACCGGCGUGGAUGCGGCUCUACGGUGACGCCAUAAGGCUACGGGAAAAAAGGCGGCAACAACAAGAGGCGGAGGAGCAACGCCAGCAUGAAGAGAUGCUUUCGGCCUUCAAGGCGACACCGUACAAGAGUGACACCUUGAUGAAACGCUUCUCAUUAAAAUCCACUUCUGUGAAGACACCCAUUAGAGGUGCAGCCAAGACGCGGGGCGCACCAGCUCGCAAAAAAGAGGUGCCCCGUGCUGCGCCGGCGCCGGCGCUGGCCAUCGUACAACAGCAAGAGUCUAAGAGGAACGGCGUAGGACAGUGGCAUGCCCCUGGCUGCGUCUUCCCUCGCCGGCAGAUCAAGCCGCGGGAUGUAUUAUCCACCAAACUGGGGAUAGCGGAAAAACGUCAGGAAGAAGAGGAGGCGCACAAGCUGCAUCAGUUUCCCCCCGAGGAGUUGCACGAAGGGGGGGUGGCGAUCGCACGUUCGACAGCCCCGCUGCCUGUGGCGAACGAAACUCCGAAGGAAACGGGACAACCGUUGCAUGUAGCAGUGCCGAAAAGCGAAUCGUUUGCAACACCGGAAAGAAACGGCACUCCCGAAGCCCGGUUGCAUUCUGAGUCACACCAAAAAACCCUUGAAUCCACAGGUUCCUCUGCCUCCUCUUCGAUGCGGUGGGUGGCUGAUUCGCUUGCCUCCAGCGGCGCCACGCCGUCAAUGCCCCUGCGGCAAUCAGGUUCAGCAGUCAAAGCACCCAUCCCGUCGUUUGUGAAGCCGCUGAACUUUCGGGCACUCAGGAAGUGA